GAGCAGCUCCAGUCCGGGUUGUGUUUUGUUUAAGAUCUGAGCGGAGCCGCCCAGGAAGUGGAGCACAAGACGGGACAGGAUAGAUGCGAUGCCCCCCCACCUAAGACACCAUUUACGUAGAAAACAUCAGCCUUGAGCGGAGACCAUUCACUUCCUGUUGCGAAUGUUGACGCUUCGCCUGAUGGGAGUGUGAAUGGCGGGGUUUUAUCGCAUGUCGCCUCGCUUCGGUGUCGUACAGGAAAGUGGUAUUGACGGAUAAAAUUGAAUAAUUAAUCCCGGUAGAGAUAGACUUGUUGUUUUUCAUGACGUGACGGUACUUUUCGCUUUCCUUUUUUUCUUUAAAUCUAACCGGAUCCUGUUAUCAUGACGCCUGACCUCCUAAACUUCAAGAAGGGAUGGAUGUCAAAACUCGACGAAAGUGGCGAGUGGAAGAAGCACUGGUUUGUUUUGACCGACGCGGGACUGAAGUACUACAGAGACUCCAGCGCAGAAGAGAAAGAUGACCUGGAUGGUGAAAUUGAUUUAAAAUCUUGCGUGAAGGUGUCAGAGUAUGAUGUGGAGAAGAACUAUGGGUUUCAGAUACAGACGAGGGAUUCCUCGUUUACGCUUUCUGCCAUGACUGCAGGAAUCAGGAGGAACUGGAUUGAAGUUUUAAAGAAGUGCAUCCGGCCCAGCAGCACGCCAGACCUCACACAGCUGCCCGAUAGCGGAAGUGACAAAGAAAACUCCCACACGCACAUUCAGCUGACUUCCCGGCGCCUGCCAUUGCAUCACGCCGAUGUUCCGUCGGAAGCUCCUCCUACACAACGCCGCUUUGACUACGUUGAGCUGUCGCCCGUUCCAUCCUCCUCCGGCCUUCUGUCAGCCAAUCAGAGACAGACUGGGGAGGGCCAGCGCAGGGAGGCGAGGACCCCGGACGCCACGAGUAGCCAGUGGGAGGCCGUGCUGUCUCGGAAAGGCACCGGCGGAGGAGGGAAUCAGAGGCUACGCAUGGAGGACGAGAUAGAGAAGAAGUGGGCGGAGUUUGAACGCAUGCCUUUGAAGGAGAACCCGACGACGGCGGCGUCGCGGCAUUCCGGCCAGUCGGCCAAUGAGGCGCUGCAGAGGGAGGUAGUGGCGUCACUGAGGCAGCAGCUCGAGCAACUGCGACAGGGAGGAGGAGGAGGAGGGGGAGGGGGGAAAGGGAUGCGGGGCGGCUGCGGCCCCGACGGCCCCUGCAGCCGCAGCCUAGCCGCCAUGGACCGCGCUCAUCGGCAGGCCAUGGAGGAGCUGCAGAGGCAGCACGACCGCCGGGUGGCAGACUUGGAGGCGGAGAAGAAAAUGCUGUUGCUGGAGGAAAUUCAGGAUACCGCACGAGUGAUGGAGGCACUGAAGAAGAAACACAAAGAGGAGCUGGAGAGUGAGGCGGAAAAGGUCAAGAGACUAAGCAGCGGAUCCGUCGACCCACAGACUUUACGAGACCAACAACAGGCAGAGAGUGCGGCCUUGCAGAGGGAGCUGGCGGGACUGUCGGAGCGCUACUCUCAGAAGUGUCUGGAGCUAAACCGGGCUGAGGAGUGUCGCGCUGAAAGAGAGCGGGAACGCGGCCAGAAGGAGCGAGAGCUGGAGCAACUCAGGAAAGAGAACCAAAACUUAAAGGAGCGUUUGGCAGACGAGAUCUGCCGCAUGCGAUACAGCAACGCAGAUCUGGGGUCAAAGGACAACAGAGAUGUGACAUCCUGUGAAUUGGAGGUACUUGUCAGGGUGAAAGAGAACGAGAUCGAGUACUUGUACAAGGAGAUCAGCUGUCUACGGAAUGAACUGCAGUUCCUGAACACGGAGAAGCGUCUGGCCAGCGUGCGAUACGCAGAAGUCAACGAGGAACUGAGCGGGAUUAAAGGUCGGAGCGAGAGGGAGAUCCAGAGUCUAAAGGAGCACUUGAGGCUGGCCAUGGCCGCCCUGCAGGAGGGCCAGAGGCUGGGGAACAGCAUGGACCACUGAGAGAGGUCUACUGAUGCUUCUGAGGUUCGUGUUUACGCCAUCAAAGGUUAGGACUGAUGCUGGGGAGACACUCAAGUCAACAGCAAGAUGGUUAGGAAUUGAACCGUGCACAUGAAAAUGUGCGUCCGCUCUCAAGUGACUGAAUGGAAGAAAGCGAUACAGGAAAAGUACGGUCAUACUUGCAUUCUUCGGGACCGUACGCGUGAAAGUGCCUUUCGUUUCAACGCUCGUGCCAAUCAUCAGCGUGGACAAGCUGUAAAGCGGCUUCAUUACACUGGACAACAUGUGAUGCAUCAACUCAACUUUCCCUUCCUUAUUCAUGCUUCUGGCUCUCGUCAGCGCACGCAAGUAUGAGUGUAGUGUGCCUUUUUGUUUUUUUACUGGAAUAUUUGUCAAAUGUGUUGUUUGUAGUUUAAAGCAUUUCAGGUUAUUUUCAAACGACUUUUACCAGUCAGCCGAGAUUCUUCUGUGUCUUUUAGCACCUUUUAGGCUUCAGAAUGACACACAGCUGAUGUCAUCCCAGUUUUUGUUGUUUUUUUUUGUUCUUUGAAAAUGACAUUCUUACCAUUUUUCUUGUUUUUCUUUUAACCCGGAUGGUUAGCAUAGUUGCCUCACAGCCAAGCAGCUCAGCUCUGUGUAGUUUUACAGUAAUAGCUUUUCUCUGGGUACUCCGGUUACCUCCUUUAAAGAACAUGCACGUCUGAAUUAAUGCUUAUUUGUCCGUAUGUGCUCUGUAGUUGGAGACCAGUCCAGCAUGUACUGCACCUCAGUUAAAAAUGAAUGUUUUUUUAACCGGGACUUUUUUCCCCCCCUUCUUAUUGCUGGCAUAAUUGUGCUGUCAGUUCAACAUUUGACAGGUGUUGCAUAAAUGAGCCAAUUUGUUAUUGAUAAAGUGGUAACAUCACUUACCUACCUGCCUUUUGAAAAAGAAUUAAUAUACUGUAUUUUCCUGUAUAAUGUAAAUUAUACACAUUUUUGCUAUCAAUAAAGUUUUAACUGAAGCACCUAUA